CACCAACUCACAAAGCUUUGCUCUUGAAACUCAAUCAAUAUAAUUCUUUGUCUCUCUUGGUAUUUCUUCUUUAUUACAAUGGCGAACCAAUCAAAUGCUAACCAAGGCAUUGGAAUUGUUAAUUUUCUUAAGCACAAAACUUACUUCGUAGUCGGAUCAACUGGCUUCACGGGCAAAGUGUUUAUUGAGAAGCUAUUGUGGGAAGUUCCAGAAGUGGAAAAGAUUUACCUCUUGUUAAGAGCCAAAAAUGCGGAAGGUGCAGCACAAAGAUUGAAAACUGAAAUCAUAGAUUGUGAAGUAUUUGCCCGAUUAAAAAAUGAGCACGGAGAAAGAUACGAGGAGUUUAUGAACGGCAAAUUGGUUGCAGUGGCUGGAAAUAUUACCGAUCAUCCUUGCUUGGGUAUGGAUGUCGAUUUGGCUCGUGCCAUUGCGAACCAAAUUGACGUGAUUGUAAAUAUUGCAGCUGAUGCCAGAUGGCAUGCCAGGUAUGAUGUGCUCCUUGACGUGAAUGUGAGAGGAAUUUCAAGACUUCUCACGUAUGCAAUGGAUUGCAAGAAACUCCUACUUUUUUUUACAUGUUUCAACCGAGAGCACAUGAGCGAGAAAGAGUAACAUGCAUGGUAGAAAAGGUGAAAUAGACGAUAACCAGCAAAACCCACCCCCCCUCCGCCGACAUGGUUGACCAACGCACUAGCAAGAUCUAACAAGAAAACAAAGAGUAAAAUCACUCAUUUGAUUUUCAACCGAGAAGAGAACCAGGAGGUUAAUCCAAACACUACUGCAGUGGAGGUGGAUAUUUGAGACUUUGCACAGGGUCGGCAAGGGAAUACACCUGUCCUUGUGGGAGGAAUACAACAACAAAAUCCACCAACCCUAGGUACUACAACCAAGUCUUUUAGAAAUCAGUUUGUUGGUUGAUUAAUUCAAACUUAGUUGGAGUAUUUUUAGGAAUAUUGUUUUUGGUUUUGUACUUGGUCAAAGUGAGUGUCUUGGUUAAGUAAUAUUAUUUCUUAGUGGAGCAUUAGUUAUUUAGUCACGUAACUUAUGUUUGUUCAGUUAGUAGGAUAAUGUGUUUAGUGGGCUUGAAAUUAGGAGGUAGUUGUGCUUGACUUUUUAGUCCUAUUUAAAUCCUUGUAAGUUUGGUCUUUUGUAUGCAGAGUAUUAAUCGAAUAGUAUGAGUUUCAAUUUCUAAGUCUUAUCUCUUGUCUUUCAUUGUUAUCUUUUAUUGUUCUAUCUUAUAAUAUUUUUCUAAGUAUCAGC